CCUCGCCGCUUUUAAUGGUGGGCUCUUCCGAAUCGGUUUCACGUCACUAUGGUGACGGGAUCCAUUGCGUAUUCCGUCGGGUUGUGACGCGACGGGGGGCGGGUGACCAGGGAGGUUUGAAUCGCCCAAUGUGGGAGCCGCGGGCGGCGGGGUGGCGGCAAUCCCGGAAGUGCUGCCGAGGCUCCUGCCCCUGGUGCGGGCUCCCGCCUCCCCUUUCGCUCCGGUUGCGGGGUAUCUAUGGCAACAGCAGCACCUCCCGCCGCCUUCCCGCCACCGAAGACCUCCUGAGGUGGUCGCGGCCCCCGCGCUGCUCUUCAUGGUGCCCCUCAUCCAUCAAUGAUGUAACUGGAGUCUCUAUACAGAGCACACAGUCAAGAAGAGCUAAAAGCUUUAGAAUAACUAGGAGACUUCCUUCCUCCCUGCCCCCAUCUCCCUUCCCUGGCCUACUGGGUAAGGCUCUCAUCACAUCACAGCAAAAGCAAAAGAAAAAGAAAGGGGAUACCAUGAACAUCAGCCGAGCUGCCCGAAUGAAAACUAAGGCCCCCUGGAUACCCCCAGGCAAAACAUCUGUCCGGGAGUCCCCCUGCAAAUGGGAGGGACCAACUCACCGCCUGGAAAUUACACCUCCAGAUUCAGAAAAAAUGCUGUCAGUUUUGCGCCUGAGUGACUUCUCUACAGAUGAGGAGGAUGCUGUUUGCAGGAAAAUGAAUGAUUAUGAAAAGAAAAUAGAUAGCCUGAUGAAUGUGGUGGGGACGCUGAAGAAUGAGGUCAAGCUGCAGAAAAAGGAGGAGCAGCAGCGAGUGACAAAGCGUCUCCUUGAGGAGCAGAAAGAAGAACUGAAUGAAGUCACACAGGAGCUGGUGGAGACAGAGCAUGAGAAUUCAAUGCUGAGGCGCAAUCUGGAACGCAUAAAGGAAGAGAAAGAUCUGACCCUGUUAGAAAAUAAGUACUUGCAUCAUCAGAAGGAGUGUUUGAUGUCCAAGCUGAAUGAUGCAGAAAGGGAUGGAGCAGCUGCAACCAGGCAGAUGCAUGUCCUGAAGCACACCAUUGAGAGACUCAACACUGAGAAACACAUGAGCAGCUCAGACAUUAACACACUGACAAGACAAAAAGAGCUUCUGCUCCAGAAAUUGAGCACCUUUGAAGAAACCAACCGGACACUGCGAGAACUUCUCAGAGAGCAUCAUAACCGAGAGAAAAAUGCUCAGAAGAUCCUGGAGCAGCAAGGAGCACUGCUAAAAAGGCUGGCUGAUUCAGAUGCAGAGAAAGUGCAACUUCAAAUGAAGCUUCGAGAGAAAGAAGAGGAAGUGGACAAUCUUACCAUUCAGAUACAGGAUAAAAAGGACCAGGCAAAGGCAGCAGCUGAGCUCUCCAAAUCCAUGGAGGUUGUGAGAGGCCGUUUGCAAGCGCAGCUGCGGAACAAAGAAGCUGAGAACAACCGCCUGAGCAUACAGAUCCGGAAUCUGGAGCGCAGUGAAGCUCAGCAUAAGGCAGAGGUGGAACUUACUGUAGAACAACUGAAAGAACUAAAGCAGAAGGCAGAACGUGAUAAAGAGGCCCUGAAAAAAGCCAUCCGGGCACAGAAGGAACGGGCAGAGCGGACUGAAGAUUAUGCAGAGCAGCUGAAGGUCCAGUUAGCAGAGAAGGACAGCUAUGUUGUUGAGGCACUGUCUACUCUGGAGUCCUGGAGGAGUCGCUACAACAAAGUAGUAAAGGACAAGAGUGACCUCGAACUGGAAAUUGUUACACUGAACAGCCGUGUUGCAGAGUUACUGGAAGAGCAGACAAGCCUGGAGGACAAGAUGAGGGAGGACAGAGAGGCUCUGGUGGAUGAACUGCAAAGACACACUGCAGAGAACACUUCUUUCAAAAUGGAGAAUGAAAAGCUAAAGGCUAGUGUGGUCCCAAUGGAGGAAAAGCUGAGCCAAGCACAGGUGGAAGUGCAGCAGCUCAAGAGCUCUGUCAGGAAUUAUGAAGGGAUGAUUGAAACCUACAAGUCAGAGGUGUUGAAGACCAGAAUGGAAGCAGAUGAUAUGGCAGCAAAACUGGAGAAGUGUGAUAAAGAGAACAAGACACUAAAGAAUGAAAUGGACAAGGAGAUUGAACUGGUGCGUAAGCAGUUCCAGAGCAAGCUUGCUGAGCUGGAAAAGCUUCCUGAGAUUCUAAAGAUCACAGAGACACGGCUGGCAGAAUGUCAGGACCAGCUUCAGAGUUAUGAGAAGAAGAAUGUGGACCUGUCUGUCAUGAUUGCAGAUCUUCGUCAGCGGAUUGAGCUCCAGGGGGACAAAAUGGAGAUCACAAGAGAGAGGUAUCAGUCUGCCCAGGAGGAGAGAAAACAGCUCACCUUGAAGGUGGAGGAGCUAGAAAGAAAACUAGAGACAACGAGUGCCCAGAACAUAGAAUUCCUUCAGGUCAUAGCAAAACGUGAAGAGUCAAUCCACCAGUGCCAGCUGCGCCUGGAGGAGAAGACGCGGGAAUGCAGCUCCUUGGCACGGCAGCUGGAGAUGGCCAUUGAGGAUGCCAAAAGACAAGUGGAACAAACUCGAGAACGAGCAACAUCUAGAGAGAGGGCAGCCCAGUCCAAGAUGCUGGAUUUGGAGACCCAGCUGAGUAGAAAUAGAACAGAGCUGAACCAAUUGCGUCGGAGCAAAGAUGAUGCAGAGCGCCAGUACCAAAGCCGCCUGCAGGAUUUAAAGGAUCGUUUGGAGCAGUCGGAAAGCACCAACCGCAGCAUGCAGAACUAUGUCCAGUUCCUCAAGUCCUCCUAUGCCAAUGUUUUUGGAGAAAGUGCCUUGCUGGGCUCCCCCAGCCGUUCCCGUUCUUCUCCAUGAGGACAGUGCUCUCCCUGCACCUCUAUUUUUAAGCACAAAAGAAGCCCUAUUUUCAAAGCCAUAUGACAUGUAGAAAAUAGGUUGGCAUUUCAGGGUUGCUGGUAGGAGAAGUUUUCCUCUUUUCCUUGCAGCAUGAGGUGAUAAAAUGAUGGUAGCAGGUGUCCUGAGUGUAGGCUACCAGCAAAUAGCAGUUUGGUGUUGGAGCUGAGCAUUGCAUCAUAAGUUGUGGCACAAAACCAGGUGGUUUCAGCUCUUAAAACCCUUCAGUGGUUUUUAUUGAGCAUGUUAACGUUUUCAAGAGCUCUUUUUUUUCAUUUCAUGCUUCUUUCAUUCUGUACUAGAGAGAUCAUGUGGGGC